AGUGUCAACUUUCUUAAGAACCUCAAUAUCAUUCCUCUCGUUCAUUUCUUACCCAGUUCCCCAGAAUAGCAUUUUUCAAAAUGACAGACGCAAUCAUUGCCAGCUUUCCCCCUCUCGCAGAGAGACCCAUCAAAAACACCAUCUGUCUCUUUGAUGUUGAUGGAACUCUCUCGCCUGCGCGGUUGGUACGUUACUCCCAACUUCUCUAUAUCCUUUGCUAUGUCUCAAUUAACUUUGAAACCAUAGUCCGCUUCCGCUGAAAUGCUCUCCCUUCUUGCUGCCCUCCGCCAAAAAUGCGCCAUCGGGUAUGUAGGUGGCAGCGACAUGGCCAAGCAACAAGAACAACUCGGCACAGCUGAGAUACCCGUUACUUCGCUCUUCGAUUUCUGCUUCGCCGAAAACGGUCUCACAGCUUUCAAGAGCGGUGUUCCCAUUCAAUCGAAUAGCUUCAUUAAAUGGAUCGGGGAGACUCAAUACAAGGAGUUGGUUAAAUUCAUCUUGCAUUAUGUGGCGGAUUUGGAUAUUCCAGUAAAGAGAGGAACAUUCAUUGAAUUCAGAAAUGGCAUGAUCAAUGUUAGUCCAAUCGGCAGAAAUGCUAGUGUUGUGGAGAGAAAUGAGUAUGAGGUUUAUGAUAAGGAGCAUCAUAUUAGAGAGAAGUUUAUCGAGGCUUUGAAAGAGAAGUUCACUGGUUUGGACUUGACGUGAGUUUAACUGGAGAUUCUAGAAUACAUAGGAUGGACCAGGCUAAUAUUUUGCAUACAGCUACUCAAUCGGUGGUCAAAUUUCCUUCGAUGUCUUCCCUACUGGUUGGGACAAGACAUACUGUCUUCAACAUCUUGAGAAUGAUGCGAAACGCCCAGGUGGUAUCGAGUAUACGACUAUUCAUUUCUUUGGAGAUAAAACUUAUAAGGGAGGAAAUGAUUUUGAGAUCUAUGAGGACAAGAGGACAAUUGGUCACAGCGUGAAGAAUCCAGAUGAUACCAUGAGGGAUAUUAGACAGCUUUUUGAUCUUUAAGUUCAUAAUAUUCUAAUAACAGAUAUAUACAUUAAUACAUAGGGAGCAUAGGAAAAUUUGGAAAGGUUUUACAGUAGUUCACUGCCUAUCGCUGGUGACCAUCUC